AUGGGUUCCAGGACGACUAUCGUGCUAUAUAGACGCUGUGAAGUUGAGCUCUGCACCCACUCCCAUGGCGAGGCAGACCUGCAGCGCGCGUUCAUCAUGUGCAGUAAGAAUCCAGGCCACGAAGACUUCAUCCCCGUGUACAAAUUUCGUAAAGAGCAUCUUCCCAAGGGGUUCCAGAAUAGCUGCUUGAUGGAGCUAAUCCAGGUGCUAUCAGAUCUUACAGUCCGGGUAUCUGUCCAGUACACCAGCGAGAACCGACCUGAAACCUGCCCACAUAACGGUACCCCGUACCCGUUCUACAGACAGAGGGACACCAACAUGGUCAGAACUGGGACUGGCUGGGUGUGGAACCUGGAGAAGUUCUCACAGAUGUACGACAUGAAGACGUGUCCCUGUUUGCAGUGCCGACUGUCGGAGAAUCCAGAAACCAAAUGGGCAGAGAUCGUCAUCGGUUCAGCUGCUCAUGUCGUGUUUGACGACAAGGAAGGAAGGCAUACGACGUGUCAUCUCUUCUAUGACAAAGGAAGCACGCCUGAGGAAGACAAAUGCAAGAUGAUAUAUAUCACCCAUGACAUGGAGCUAGCAGACAGACUGGAAAGCUUAACGAAACGUUUUGUUGACCUGCAGAAAAUUCUUAACCAGAUGUUCAAUUCUAAGUUAGAUUCAGUUGAGAUGCAGUCCAGACUAAUUGUUUCCCAUCCUCACGGUUGUAACAAGCAAAUUAGCAUCGGCUAUUACACCGAACGAGUGGAAGUCAAAGACGCACGUAACCUUACAAGGUAUGUCUACACGACGCCCACGUGUCCGGGCUCAAGUGGUGCUCCAGUUUAUGUUCUGGGAAGAUGGCGUGGAUGGUGGCCAUGCGAUCAUCCACACAGCGGUAACAGUGAUGUCAAUAAGGAACUUAAUUUCAGCGGAGUGGGGCUCCACUAG